UAAACCAUAAAGUAUAGAAUGUUAAUGGCUGCCAUCCAAAUGUCAAAUUUUCAAUGUCACGUCAGUUGUCAUUGUCAGUACUCCGUGAUGGAUUAAAUUUUAAAAUAAAUACAGUUUUGUGAUCGUCUAUUCAGUGUUCUCUUGUUUAUAUAAACAUUUACAGUUGUACAAAUUGUUCAAGAAAUAUUUAAAGCACUUAAAAUUAUUAAACUUAAGUAAGAGUAACUGGAAAAAAUGGAAUCAGAUAUUAUCAACUGGAGUAACAAAGAAGUUUUAGAUUUAUUACAUCAAGAAAAAAUAUCUAGUAUAAUUACAGAAAUCUGUAAAUCACAAGAUAUUGAUGGACAGUGUCUGUUAUCUUUUAUGGAUCGAGAUUUUUAUGACUUUCCUUUUGACCAUUUAAAAUUUGGUGAACGCAAGAGAUUCAUAUUACUCGUAAAGAAAUUACAAAAACAAAAUCGUAAUGCGAUGUUCGAACUCGGUCUUUGUGAAGAUGCUCUCAGUAAUCCAUCUACAAACAUCAAUUUUCUUGGAACUAACUUAUCCCAUUUGAGUUACAAUCUUCACAACAAACUACCAAGUGAGAUAUAUGUGAGAAAUAAUUCAGAGUGUGUGUCAAGUUUUACACCCGAUGUGAAAGCUUCAAGAUUGAAACCUGAAAUUUGGAAGACAGCAAUAGCUUUAGGUUAUGUCUUCCUGGUGACAUGGGUGACCGCAGUGGUGAUGGUGAUCGUACAUGAUAAGGUGCCAGAUAUGAAGAAGUACCCUCCACUGCCAGACCUGUUCCUGGACAAUGUGCCACAUAUCCCAUGGGCCUUUGACAUGUGUGAGAUCACUGGCUCCUUCCUCAUGGCCAUAUGGCUUGUUGUCCUAUUCUUCCAUAAGCAUAGAUUUAUAAUACUGCGAAGAUUCUUCGCGCUGGCAGGCACCGUGUUCCUGCUGCGGUGCUUUACAAUGCUGAUCACAUCGCUGUCAGUGCCGGGCUCCCACCUGAAGUGCGAGCCGCGCUCGUACCCGCCGGCAGACGACCUCACCGUCUGGGGCCGCCGCCUGCGCCAGGCUUACGACAUCUGGAGCGGAGCCGGCAUGUCCGUGCGAGGAGUGCGCACCUGUGGGGACUACAUGUUCUCUGGACACACCGUCGCGCUUACACUCCUCAACUUUUUUAUUACGGAAUAUACAUCCCGCAACCUGUACCUGCUGCACAUCUUGACGUGGGUGAUGAACAUGUUCGGGAUCUUCUUCAUCCUGGCGGCGCACGAGCACUACUCCAUCGACGUGUUCAUCGCGUUCUACAUCACCUCGCGACUCUUCCUCUACUACCACACGCUCUCCAACAACCAGGCGCUCAUGCAGAACGACUCCUCGAGUAUGUAUUCCAGGACCAGGAUCUGGUUCCCUCUGCUGUCGUUCUUUGAGUCGGAGGUGGACGGGAUCGUGCCGAACGAGUACGAGGGCCCCGUCACCAUCAUGAGCAACCUGCGGCAGUGGUGCGUGCAGCUCAUCACAGACGUGAAGGAGUCCUCCGUCGCCAAGAUCGCCGGCACCAAGCUCCAGGAGGGCGCCGCCAUGGGAGAGUACUCCGUCGUUAAACUCGUCGACGGCAUCAAGCGCAACCUCAGCAUGGUCGAAGAGUACAAGACCUCACGCCAAAGACUAGUUACCUUAGACAAAAAUAUCCAAGCCUGUCUCUUAGACGAUCGCCCCGACGUAGAACUACGUCACAGAAAUAUAGCCGACUUCCCCGGAGACGCUCUCCUCAAGGAUUUUAGUAAUCCUCCCUCUCCCGUUAUGAAAAAAAGUAUAUGAACGAACUAUAAGUUCUUGUUAUAGAGGCUGUUUAUAGUUAUACCUUCAUUGUAGCUUCAAUGACGCAAUGAAACAAUUAGAUACCUGAAUGUUUACAUUUCCAUUAUAGAUUUUAUAUCAUGUUAUUCCAUAUUUAUUUUACUAUGAUAAGUUAAACGUAGUAUAAAUUAUUAAGAAAAUUUAUUUGCUCAAAGUACUAAUCUUGAAUAAAUAACAUUUUCGCUUGUACUCGUAUUUGUUUUAUUUUUCUAUUUGUUUGUCUUUGUACAGGCGAAGUGAUCUCACGCUUAUUGUAUUAUAUUUCGACAAGAUGAUACUUUGAGCAUCAUUACAAAGGUAUUAUUUGCCAUUAGGUGGUUGUGAAAUUACUGCUGCUGAUCACUGUCAGCUCAAAGUGAUCGCCGCCACACGCAAUCUGUGCAAACUCAAGAGCAUCCAUUAUGUAUAUUAUUGUAAGAAAAAGAAAACAAAAUGCUUGAGUGCUACUCAACAGAUGAAUUGGCAUCUAAAUUCUUUUUAUCGUUUUCAAUGUUGCUUAUGAAUUCAUAACAUUGACUUACAAAUGAUUGUUUUUUGUUUUUGUAUCAAACGACAGAUUAAACAAAUUGCACACAUCAGAACACAAGCUGGGUAUUUUAUUUGUAAAGUAAGAGUAUUCGUAUUUUUUAAUCUAAAGAUUUUUAAGGUUACCGCGUGUCCUUAGAGAAUAUCAAUUAAUUUUAUUUGGAUAGCAAAACUACAAUGAUACCGAAUGCUCCAAGUUCAAUAAUUUUAUUAUAACAAUAUCAAGGACAAUAAUUUUCUACGAAUUUUUACGAAAUCGGACUUUAAGACAACAAGGAUUCCUAUGAUACUACGCUCCAUGGCUCGCUGGCUUGUGUCAAAGACCGUGUUUAUGCACCAUAGUUGAGGAUGUGCAAAAUUCAUACGUCCAUACAUGAAUUCCUUUAAACGAACCAAGUAAAAAACAAAAUAAUUAAGUUGUGAUUAUCCUUUUCGCCGCCAACAACUUCUAUAGAAGUUCAGGAUUUUCGUGCCGUCCACGCCACUACUUCUAUAGAAGUUCAUUGUAUCUACCUACUAUAAAAAAUACAUUUACGAUACAUAAAACAUUUGUUUCUUUGUAAUUUUGUAAUAUGGACACGACGCAAAACAGAGUAUUUUCUGUUUUAAAAAGGUAAAACAUAAAAGGUUUCAAAUAAUUUUAUAUCCCGCACGCCAACGACUUCAUAUCAAGUAGGCCAGUGAUGUGACGCGUAAGGAGCAUUCAUUAGAAUCUUUAUUUACUAUAAUAUUUGUUUUCUUUUCCAUCCAAUAGUUUUUUGAAUUCUAUGAAUAAAAAGAAAUUC